UCGGUGAGAGUGACGCGUGUUGUCCCAUAACACCGCUGGUCGGGGAAGAAGACGGAUACCUUCUCGACCUCUACGGUUAGAUGUCUAACCUGCAUAAACAAAUCCUCUCCUGUCCUUCGGAUAAGACUGACAUCAUCGCAGGAAGCAGAGAGGCCAAACAGUGAUGGCCUCAGUUAAAAAAGAUGACAGACUGACGAGUUCUCAGAGCUUCAUGUGCGUCGGUUUCGCCGGGAUUUUCAGUAAAGCCGUCACUUCGCCGUUAGAGGUGGUCAAAAUUAAGAGUCAGGUGGGCACUUUUCACUGUAAGAGGGGUUUCUGGCAAAGUUUUCUCCUCGUCUACCAGAAUGAGGGACUUCGAGCGUUUUGGAAAGGAAACCUCGCCUCUUGUCUGCGGUUGUUCCCUUACACCGCAAUUCAUCUCGCAACAUACAAAAAGAUAGUCCACCUUCACAUGGAUGAACUGGGCUUUAUAUCUCAGUGGAGAGCCAUAUUUGCCGGUGGACUGGCUGGCUUUGCUGCUGCCAUGAUGACAUACCCUCUGGAGGUGGCAGAAACGAGGCUCAUCGCUCAAAGCUGCAGACAGCCCACCUACAUCGGUGUAGUUCACACCCUUUCAAAGAUCUACGGGAAUGAAGGGCUGCCUGCUCUCUACAGGGGCUUUUCUCUCACUUUGUUGGGUGCAUUUCCCUUUUCUAUCGGUUGCUAUGCAGUUUACAUGAACUUGGACAAACUCUGGCAGGAGCCUCCUUUUCGCUUCACUCCCCUUCAGAACUUCAUUAAUGGCUGCCUCGCAGCGGGAGUUGCCCAAACCCUCUCCUACCCUUUUGAAACUGUAAAGCGGAAGAUGCAGGCGCAGAGUGCCCGUCUGCCCCAUUUUGGUGGAGUCGACGUCCAUUUCAGUGGAAUGAUUGACUGUUUCGUACAGGUUGUAAAAAGCAAAGGCAUCCUCUCACUGUGGAAUGGCCUUACGGCCAACACAAUAAAGAUUGUUCCCUACUUUGGUCUUCUUUUCACCUGCUUCGAGAUGUGUAAGCGGGUCUGCCUUUACCGCAACGGCUACAUCGUCUCGCCCCUGAGCUACAAACUUGCACCGGGUGUCGACCAGAGCCUCGGGCCGUCUGAGCUGCAGGAGGCGAAGCGCUACUUGAAAAACCGGGGCUUCGAGUCCUCUCUCGGAAACCGCUGGUGAAACUUCAAAUGAGAAGAGGUCUCACUGCUGACCACACGUGUACAGUUCAAUUAGAUACUUCAGAGAGGCUUAUGUCUGUAAUAAUUGCAUAACAUUUCAGGCUUCAUGUCUUCAUAGAAGGUGCUAACAGUCAGCAGCAGUCUACCUCAGUCUAAACCUUUUUUGUUUGUUUAUCUGACCAUUAUUGGUUCAUCCACACAUCAUGGCUCUCUGUGACUGUUUUUAACGCAAUAUUAUGUUUCUUAGGCAUUGGCUAUUUAUUUUGGGGCUUAUGUCAGUUACUGACAUCAAAUCGUGCUGUACUGUAGUUUGUCCAAAUGUGUUGAAAAUGCGUUUUCACUCUACUUCCGUCAUAGUAUCUUAUCAUAUCUUUAAUGUGCAAUAUAUGUAAACAUGUUGAUGCUUCAUGAGUUUGAGUAGGUUAUAAUUAAACAUGUAAAUGUGCUAACAUGGACUGUGCUGGGAGAAAUGCGUUUUAAAACAUUAAACAUUUCUCACUUUUA